AUGGACAAAGACGCAAAAAAAUGCGAAACUGUGCAGUAUGUAGACUCUGACAUAGACGAUCUAGAGAGUGGAGGAUCGGAGGAGAGCGGUGCUAGUAGUGAUGAAGAGGAGGAGGAUUGGUGGGAUGAAGGAGGACUUGGAGCGGGUGAUGACGACGAAAAUGAAGAUGAAGAUGAUUCCGAUGAUGAUUCGGACAUAAACAUACCAACAAAGAAAAUGAAUGGUGGUAGUGAUGACAGUGGAACGGAUGACGACAAUGAGAUUGAGUCACAGAAAUGGGAACUAAAUUAG